AUGGUUCCUCGUUUACAAAAUUUCCAUGAUGUAAAAUCCUUAAUCCUUGAUAUUUGUAGUAAGGAGGAUAGUAUGACUGCGGGUAGAGUUGCAGUUAUGAUUGAUAUUUUGUGGAGAAAUCGGAACAAUAUGGUUUGGAACAAUGAAAGAGAUGAAUACUCUAAACUUGGUUUGAAUGCUUUUUGUAGUUGGCAAGAGUGGUUUCUGGCGGAACGACAUGGUAUUAAUGUGGAGAAUAGGUCUAUAAACCUGAGGUGGGAGCCGCCGGUGGAAGGAAGUAUCAAAUGUAAUGUGGAUGCGGGUUAUAAUAAUAUUCGGGGCACUACUAACCGGGGCUGGUGCAUGAGAGAUCAUAUGGGGAGUUUUAUGUUUGCAGGUGCAGCUUGGGAUUUUGGCCAUUAUCUGAUUCUUGAAGCAGAAGCUUUGGCUCUUAAUGAAGCUAUUCAAAGAGCCAUUGAUAUGCAGAUGCAGAAUGUUAUUUUCGAAAGCAAUUCCCAAAGAACGGUUCAAACUAUUCAUAGCAAUCACCAAGGUGUCUCAGAGUUUAGUUGCAUAAUUUCUUCUAUUCAUAGUUUGUUGUUUAAUUUUCCUAACUUUGAGGUGAAGUUUGUUAAACGCCAAGCGAAUACGGUUGCUCACUCUAUAGCAAAGGCGACCGAUUCUUGGACUAGGCGUAGUUUAUUUCAUAUGAUACCUCUUUGUAUUGAACAACUCUUACUUAAUGAUAUGAAUUGA